AUGAAACAAAAAUUACAGAAAAUUAAAAAAAUGAAUUGUUCAGUUUGUUUGAGUGAUGAUUGUUAACUAUUUACAAACAAAAUUUGUAAAUGUUAAUUCUGUUAUGAUUGUGUUCUUAAUUGGAUUGAAGAGAAAAUCAAUUUAAAAUAGUAAGUCAAUUCAAUAUCAUGUUUAAAUCAUAAAUGCAAGUAAAUAAUUACAUUAGAAAACUUUCGAUAAUCAAUAACGAAUAAACAAAUUCAAGAAAAGUAUAUGGAAAUUAUGUUAAAAAAUUAUUUUCAACAAACACAAGACAUUAGACCUUGUCCAAAUAAUAAAUGUAAUUAUUAUGCAUUUCUUCCAACUAAUAGAUGUGGCAAAGAAUUCUCUUGUCAAUAAUGCAGUAAAACAUUUCAUUUAUAUAUUUAGAUUUUAAUUGGCUUGAUAAACAAUAUCUGUCAUAUGAUAAAUUAUUCUUAUUAAAAAUUAAAGAUACAAAAAGUGACAUAUUAUCAUCUGUCUUUGAAUUCAUUUCAACAUAGGAAUGUCCUAAGUGUGAUUCUAAAAUUUUGAAAAAUGGUGGAUGUAGUCAUAUGACGUGUAAAAAAUGCAAUUUUUAUUAUUGUUGGAGAUGUAACAAUUAAUUGAAUGACAAUGUUCAUAAUGAAUUUCUAUGUUUUAUUAGAGUACUUUGUUAUUUGUUAAUGAUCCUUUUCAAUUUUGCUGUUACAUUUUAUUACUUAGGAUGGCUUUAAUACUUCAUUAUGAUAAUUUGUUACCCAUUAUAUGGAUUGGGUCUAUCCUUACUAUAUAAUUCCUACCUUAUCUUACCUACAACUAUAAUAGCUACAUUAGUGUAUACAUACAAAUAAUGGCCAAAAUUAAGUCCGGUUAGAAAAUAGAGAUUCCGCAAAUCCUAAAUAAUAUCCAUUAUAGCAUAAAUAACAAUAUCUAUCAUUUUAGCAAUAGCUACAUAUUACAAUAUUUUCAAUAUUACUUUAUAUCAAGCCCUGAGUUAUCACUACUACUAAUUUAUUAUCAUUAUAUCAGGAGGCUCUGUAGUGUUAGUGAUAUUGCUAUUCAAUAGUUUUUUUUAUUAAAAUUGGCUCAAAUUUUUGAUUUGA